GAAAUCAGGUUAACCCAAACAAGACCUUGAGAGUUUGAUUAUUUCUUCUUCUUCUGCCAUGGGCCUAGUGAGUAGUACAGUUAUUAAUAAUCUAAGCAAAACGCAGUCAAUGAUGCUCUCGCACCAUAUGGAGAAAAAUAAAGAGCAAAAAAAUAAUGGGGGCUGGAAACGAGACGACGCACAUAAGGAAGGAGGCGAGUAGGGGAGGAGCCAUUAGCAGCCCUAUUUUCUUUCUUUCUUUUCUCUCAACUUCCUCUGCCAAGGGACCACACAGUCACAAGACUGCGUGUCUAAAAGAGUGAUUAGAACGCUAGACGGUUACAAGUUCUACCAUUAGCCAACAGACCCGUGCUCCGGACGGAUUGUGUUUUGUGCGGUCCGUCCAAGUUCAACGUGACUUUGAUACAGUGCGAGUAGUGAUUGAUUUUUUAAACAAAUUAAACACAGACAUUUAAAGACAAAUGGAGUACUGGUCGAGACGAGAGGAACUGAUGAGUGACACAAUAUCAUUUCGAUCCGAGAAAGAAUUACUCCGACCUUUCCCAUCAGUCGGCCGGCUAUUCCAAUGGAGCAAUCCGUUCAGGACACUCAACUAUCACGGGACACGACAGCCUGCUCUACUGGUCAUCUGGACUCUGCUAUUUAUCGGCUAUUUCCCUACAUCCAUGCAGACGGAGCAGGUUGGCCAAGGUGAUUCCUGGCAGUUGGAACGCAACGAUCAAGAUUGUCCGACCUGUACCCGAGAGCGAACCGUUUCCGUGAUGAAGGACGACGAUAUCAAGCGGUGGCGAAUCGAGUCGACCAAACAACAGAUCCUGGACCGAUUGGAAAUGGAGGAUCGACCGCCGAGAGUCAAGACUAAAGAAGUGGCCCUGCACAUGCACAGCCUCCCGCCUACGAUUGUUCUACCCGACAGCAUUUCUGGUCCCUAUCAAGUGGCGCAGGAAGUUGAACCGGCCAGGCAAAUCAUUUUGUUCCCGACCAAAACGUUUCGUCGCAAUAAAAACCACAAGAAUCAUCACAACGAUCCACCACCGAUAGCCAGAGGAGAAACGCUUACCUUGAAGUUUCCCAUCACCGACGAGAUGCUCGUAGAUGCACUUCAGUCGGCCGUUUUGUGGACAGCCCAGGAGACGUCGAGUAAUAAUUCUGCAUCAGUUGAUUGGGAGUCGACUGAUGUCACAGUGACGGUAGACCAGCAAAUUGACCGCCAUCACAGGCACCGAUUCCUCAGCUUGCCACUUGAUACCAGGGUCCAUUUGGAUCAUCCUAAUCAUCCUCAGCCAUAUUUGAUUAUUAAGAUUGAUCCGUCUCAAAGGAGAUCGGCCGAGGUCAGCUCAAGGAACUCCCGCCAAAAGCGGCAGAGUGUCACGACGCCCAGGUGUGGAGCAACCGUGACCCAGUGCUGCCGAGAAUCUCUCUUCGUGUCCUUCAAAGACGUCGGCUGGGAUGACUGGAUCGUGGCUCCGUCCGGUUUUCACGCCUUCUACUGUCGUGGAUCGUGUCGUACUAUGACAGCGCCGGCCAGCAGCGCCAAUACACACGCAUCGCUCCUCCAGAAGUUGGUGGCACGAGAGCGGGUCCCGAUUGAAGCCCGGCCUCAUUUAGCGCCUUGUUGCGCUCCAACUCGUCUUAGUCCGCUCGUCAUUUUCUAUUCCGAUGAGAAUAAUGUCAUCAAACAGCGAACUUUACCCAACAUGAUUGUCGAAUCGUGCGGUUGUUCCUUGUAAAACCAUCCAUUUCUCCUUCGCUCAUCUCAAAAGACAUAAUUUCUCACACGUGCCGACCUCGGAUCGUCGCAAUCAUCUCUAAUCAUCUUUUUUUUU